CCUCGUACCCGUCACCUCGCGCUCGCCUUCAUCUUCGCAUUGCUCCAUCUCUCUCUUCGUCUCUUCAUCUCUUCAUCUCUCCAUCUCGCUCUCUCUCUCUUUCACACGCCGUCGUCUUUUAAAGCCAUGUUCCCCGCUCUCCUCGCUGGUCUUACCCUCCUCUCCGGCGCCGCUGCCGAGAUUGCCAUCCUCUACCCCUCGGCCGGCGCGACAUGGUACAUGAACGACACUGUCCCUCUCAACUGGACUCUCACUCAGCCUCAGACCGACCCCAAGGAGUUCCGCGUCCUCCUCUCGGGCGGCGGCAUGGCCGGUCCCCAGGAGAUUGCUCAGCAGGUUCCCUCGGCCAACGAGCAGUACCGUCUCCUCCUCCCCCAGCUCAACCCCGGUGACGGUUACACCAUUAGCUUCGUCAACACCACCAACGAGGCGCAGGAGUAUGCCAAGAGCAACGCUUUCAAGAUUGAGCAGGGCAUCGCCCCCACCACCCUCUCCUCUAGCGGCGCAGCCUCGGCCACCCGGUCGGUCAACAACAAUGUUCCCAACGUCUCGAUUCCUCCCAGGUGAGUCGGUUCUGCUGCUUCCUCGCUUUGGCGAGCCGUGCUCACUUCCAGCUCGAGCUCGGCCAACCCCUUCGCUUCGGCCUCUGCUGGCACUUCUGGCGCUGCUCACCUUGUCGCCCCUGUCGUG